GCAAUGCACCACCACUACUACAAUCGGAAGACUGGGCAGACUACAUCGAGUCCUAGCUAUUCUCAGCCUCCAUCACCAACAAUAUCUUGUGAGGCAAUGUACCAAGAUUCUAUGGAUAUAUUUUCAGAAAGUACACAAGAUGCAUGCUUCGUGCCCUUAGACUUACAAGAUUUUUCAGAGACAGUGACCCAGGAGCAUUUACCAGAAAAGCAAGAGACUGUACCUUCAGAAAAAUCUUCUUGCGCAUACCCGAGACGGCACACGAUCUCUUCUGGGAGCUCCACCCAUGAUAAAAAUGUUAGGCCAUUACGUACAAAGGCUAGUCUACAUGCUAUGGCAAUGCGCAAUACUAUUCAACAACAGAUGCCACCCUUUACUGGAUACUAUGGGAAUACUAUAGAUGGAUCGUAUGAAAGAUCUUUGGAAGAAAAUGAUGAAAUGCUCCAAGAUAUCAUAUUACCCACUGAACCUGUGUUGUCCGAACAGCCAGCCGAAUCGAUGCUGGGGCUUUUGAUGGAGCAGACUAUCCCAAAUGUUUGGGACUUUCGUGAGCCCUAAGAAUUUAGUUUAGCUUUUUAUUCUCUUACCUUUAAUUUAUCUUAUAUAACAUAGUAUAAGAUAAGACAUUUACUUGAUGGUUUUUUUUCGAGCACCUUUACUUUAUGGUAUAGCUUUUUUUUUACAUUCUUCUUUGUUUCAGACUCUUUGUAGAAUGUUUCUUUCUAUAUUUCUUUUCUAUAUUUUUCUUCUUCUUUUACUGUAUAAUAUAUUUUAUUUUGAAUAAAUACUUACGUUUUCAAAUUU